UCUAUUUGUUCUAUGUCUAUGACUUUGGUACGCCCUGUUCAUUUCAAUGGGUUACGCACCUCAUCCGAUCCAACUCUUCUGCCUUGGUUAGCUGCUGCUGUGCUUGUAACUGGCUAGCGUUAGCUACUAAGCUCCUGCUUAUCGUGGUUUUUUUUGUGUGACGAUUUUCGAGGGACUAUAUUGUAUUUUCUACCUGGGAAUCAUACAAGACCUCGGAUAUAAUACGAAGAUUUUGUCCAUUUGGAUCGCUGGUCUCGACUGCGUAUCAAACAGCAGGUGUUUAAGAUGCCGCAGUGAGUGUGGAGCUGAAUCCUAGCUGAAGCCUCAGCAUGUCUGUCCUGCUGACGGUGGUGGUGGGUGUGGUGGGGUGGGGGGCCGUGGUCCAGGGGGCUCUGUGUCCCGGAAGGGGCCUGGCUGACUGCCCUGCCCAGCAGAGCAACACCUCCGGUGGGGGUAAGACCUCCAGGGACUACUGCUACACCGCCCGUAUCCGAUCCACCGUGCUUCAGGGUCUGCCCUUCGGAGGGGUGCCCACCGUCCUCGCACUCGACUUCAUGUGCUUCCUGGUACUCCUGUUUGUGUUCUCCAUCUUGAGAAAGGUAGCGUGGGACUACGGCCGCUUGGCGUUGGUGACUGACGCAGACAGACAGAAUCAGCGAUACAGCCGUCUGGAUGAACAGAAACAUGUGGCGUCUGCCAUGACGUCGGAGCUACCCGAUCGCUACGAACGCCUGACCUCUGUCUCCAGCUCAGUGGACUUUGAGCAGAGAGACACUGGCUUCUGCUCCUGGUUAACCGCCAUCUUCCGCAUAAAGGAUGAGGAGAUCAGGGAAAAGUGUGGGGAGGAUGCAGUACACUACCUCUCCUUCCAGAGGCACAUCAUUGGUCUGCUGGUGGUGGUGGGCGUGCUCUCAGUGGCCAUUGUCCUGCCCGUCAACUUCUCAGGAAAUCUAUUGGAGAACAAUGCCUACAGUUUUGGGCGUACCACUAUAGCCAAUCUGGAUGCCAAUAACAUGUUGCUGUGGCUCCACACCACCUUUGCGUUCCUCUACCUGUUGCUGACCGUGUACAGCAUGAGACGACACACCUCCAAGAUGCACUACAGAGAGGACGAUCUGGUGAAACGCACUUUAUUUGUCAAUGGGAUCUCCAAGUAUGCAGAGGAGAAGCACAUCAAGCAACACUUUGAACAGGCUUAUGAAAACUGUUGUGUGCUAGAGGCUCGUAUUUGUUACGAUGUGGCCAAGCUGAUGUCCCUCAACUCAGAAAGGAAGAAGACUGAACGUAGCAUGAAGUUCUUUAAAGACCUACAGUCCAAGGAGCACAUCCCCACCAUGAUCAACCCCAAACCCUGUGGACAUCUCUGUUGCUGUAUCAUCAAGGGCUGUGAACAGGAGGAGGCAGUGAGUUACUACACCAAGCUGGAGUCCAAGCUGAAGGAGGAGUACAGGAAGGAGAAAGAGAAGGUCAACAGUAAACCGCUGGGAAUGGCCUUCGUUACCUUCCAGAACGAAGCCAUGACCGCCAUUAUCCUGAAGGACUACAAUGCCUGUAACUGUCAGGGAUGCCACUGUCAGAGGGAACCCAGGUCUUCUUCCUUCAGCCAGCACCUUCACACAUAUUCCUGGACGGUCGGCUACGCACCAGACCCACAGAACGUCUACUGGGAGCAUCUGUCAGUUGGAGGGUUCCCCUGGUGGCUGAGAUGCUUCAUCAUCAACUGUAUCCUCUUCCUCCUCCUCUUCUUCCUCACAACCCCCGCCAUCAUCAUCUCCACCAUGGACAAGUUCAACGUCACCAAGCCUGUCGAGUACCUCAACAACCCCAUUGUGACCCAGUUCUUCCCCACCCUGCUGCUGUGGGCCUUCUCCGCCCUGCUACCCACCAUCGUAUACUACUCUGCCUUCUUCGAGGCCCACUGGACACGGUCUGGAGAGAACAGGACCACCAUGCAUAAAUGUUACACCUUCCUCAUCUUUAUGGUCUUACUGCUGCCCUCUCUAGGACUCAGCAGUCUGGAUGUUUUCUUCCGAUGGCUGUUUGACAAGCGCUUCCUGGCUGACGCUGCCGUGAGGUUUGAGUGUGUGUUCCUGCCUGACAACGGGGCGUUCUUUGUGAACUAUGUCAUCGCGUCGGCGUUCAUCGGUAACGCCAUGGAUCUGCUGAGGAUCCCUGGUCUGCUCAUGUAUAUGACCCGGCUGUGUCUGGCUCGCUCUGCUGCCGAGAGACGCAACGUCAAGAGGCACCAGGCGUAUGAGUUCCAGUUCGGGGCGGCCUAUGCCUGGAUGAUGUGUGUCUUCACUGUGGUCAUGACAUACAGCAUCACCUGUCCAAUCAUCGUCCCCUUCGGUCUGAUGUACAUGCUGUUGAAGCACCUGGCAGAUCGCUACAACAUGUAUUAUGCCUACCUUCCCUCCAAGCUGGACAAGAAGAUCCACUCUGGGGCCGUCAACCAGGUGGUGGCAGCACCUAUCCUCUGCCUCUUCUGGCUCCUGUUCUUCUCCACUCUCCGCACAGGUUUCUCAGCCCCUACCUCUAUGUUUACCUUCAUCGUUCUGAUCAUCACCAUCAUCGUCUGCUUGUCCCAUGUCUGCUUCGGACACUUCAAAUAUCUCAGCGCUCACAACUACAAGAUUGACGCAGAGAAUGUGGAUGGUGUAGAGAACGGUCGUCCAGCACGCACUUCUCCCUUCAAUAAGUCAGCACAGAUGUACAUUGCCUCAGUCCUCCAGGACCCCAGUUUAGACGAGCUGGGUUCGGCUGGCAGCGGGGUCAGCGAGGGUUCGCAGGACGAGGAGAUCAUCCAAGUGGGGAACAGCCUCAAUGAGGCCGACUUCCAGAGCGGCGAGGACAGUCUCCUCGCUAACGAGGUGCGGCACUGACGUCAGGAGACGCCGGAGACGGUUGUCAGGGUGGAGACGGAGGACGGGGAGAGAGGAGCAGAGACUGAGAUGGCAGAAACUAAAGUUUAAUUUCACCGACUGGAUGGAUGCACUGACCUAGUGAAUUAAACUACAGUGCUGAAACGGACUGACACAGCUUUAAAAGACAUGGAUAGACCACUAACCUUAAAGUCCUGAACAGACUAUUACAUUGUCUACACACACACACACACACACACAAUACAACACACACACACACACAAUACAACACACACACAGAGAGAGAGAGAGAGAGAAUGUGUCUACUAAAGGACUGGUAACUCUCCCUUCCAACUAUUGAUCUAGCGCUGACUGUGAAGGAGGGAUCUUUCCUUCCCAUAAUCCUUUGCCUGUUCUGCCUGCACCCCUAAUCGUCUCUGUGCCCUAGAGGCUUCGAUCACAAUAAGCAGCCUAAUAUGAAAAGAUGAAGAAGAAGAGGAGGAGGAGCAAUGUCUGUCAGCAUCACACACACACACACACACACUGUUCGCCUGCUCUGGUCUCCUCCCUACUCUGUCCCGACGGUCUCCGGGAGUCUCUGGGUGGUUCCAACCCUGUGUAAAAAAAAUAUGUAAAAAAAAGGAAUGUGGUCACCAUGACGACGACCACUGUAACAAACUGAACUAAACACUCCUGCUUUCCCUUUUUUUUGUUCAGCAACAAAAACUCUGGAUUUGUAAAAUGUAAAAUAGCCUUUUUUUGAGGGGGAAAUGGUAUUUAUUUUUAGGCAUGGUUAUUUUUAAGUUGGUCUGAAAACUUUAAUAAUCAAUUAACUACUUGUUUCGACAUUUAAAAAAACAAAACAAAGAAGCAACUGUGGAUGGAUGGAUCAUGGAAUGUGGAUUACUGUCCCUCGUAACAACAAGGUCACUCUGUCUUCUGGCCUGUUCUGCCCUGAGCGACUGUCGUGGGACUGCGGCUCCAGACUGAGCCCUAAUGGAGCCGCCCUAACAUAACUGAAGGCAGAAGGCAGUCCAGAGCCCCUAGUGGAGAGGAGGAUGCCCCCAGGAAGCAGAUAUGAAGUGGAUAUGACAGCCCAACCUCUACCCUGUUUUGUGUCCCACAACUUUGGUUGCAAAAUUCCCAAAAUUGUCCCAGAGUUUGCAGGUUUUUCAAUAGGCUGGUUAGAAGUUUAUUGGAAUGAGGGAAUUCUGGGAAAAACCUAGGAACUUUGGGAAAGAUUCUGUAAUUGUGCAGCCUCAGCCUCCUUUCGGGCUAGGACUCUGUGGGACCGUGUUCUUCGGUAGAGGGAGAGCUCGACCCUUGAACUCUUGGUCUGUGACCUGUAGUUUCCCCCAGGCCUCUCCUCCCUGUUACUAUGGGCGUGUUCAGCAGGGGGCGCGCACAACGCUGUUGAACCUUCAGAUAUAAAUAUGUAGAACAAAUACGUAUCUCUGAAAUGUAGAAUAAGGAAUCAUGUCAACUCUUUUCUUAACAUUUCUAUCUACAACGUUCCACAACAUUUGCCUCCUGAAUGUGACCCUGGCCCCUGCUCUGACUGCCCCGUCUCUGUGACCCUGGCCCCUGCUCUGACUGGACCGUCUCUGUGACCCUGGCCUCAUGCUCUGACUGACCCAUCUCUAUGACCCUGGCCCCCUGCUCUGACUGGCCCGUCUCUGUGACCCUGGCCCCCUGCUCUGACUGACCCAUCUCUGUGACCCUGGCUUCCUGCUCUGACUGGCCCGUCUCUGUGACCCUGACCCCUGCUCUGACUGGCCCAUCUCUGUGACCCCCUGCUCUGACUGGCCCGUCUCUGUGACCCCCUGCUCUGACUGACCCGUCUCUGUGACCCUGACCCCUGCUCUGACUGGCCCGUCUCUGUGACCCUGACCCCUGCUCUGACUGGCCCGUCUCUGUGACCCAGACCCCUGCUCUGACUGGCCCGUCUCUGUGACCCUGACCCCUGCUCUGACUGGCCCGUCUCUGUCACCCCGACCCCUGCUCUGACUGGCCUGUCUCUGUGACCCUGGCCCCUGCUCUGACUGGCCCGUCUCUGUGACCCUGGCCCGUCUCUGUGACCCUGGCCCCUGCUCUGACUGGCCCGUCUCUGUGUUCUAGCUCCUCUAGUGACUCUCAUCUCAACAUAAGCCUCUUUAUUUGGGUGUUUACAUCACUGUACAGAAGGUUGUUUCACUGUCUGUUGGUUGGUUUGAAAAUUUUAUUUUAUUUAGGAAAAAUAAUAAUAAUCUUUAUAGGAUGUAGGAAGGUUUUCUCCUUUCUGCUAACUCUGUAACCUGUGUCCCGUUUUAGAUGGCUUCAGAUGGGUUUAGGGAUUGUCUUCAAUUACGACGUGAAUAUUGAGACUAGCGUGAUACUGCAUCAUGUAGAGGUAUAUAUUGUAAACAGUGUAGAUGAUUUAUGGACCAUUGUUACAAACGACAACAGUGUCCCAACUGCCACCUGGAGUACUGUUGAACCUGGUGGGUUACUAUGGUGACAUGUACAGAAAUCGCGGCUCAGUCAGGACGGAACAGACCGACUGCGCAAAACGCCUGUGUCCCACGUGGAGUCCUAUUCCCUAUUUAGUGCACUACUUUUGGGCGGGGCCCAUAGGGCUCAGUACUGUAAUAGGGAGGACGCGUAAAAAAUGAGUCUUAAUUACUGUAAGACUUGAUCAAUGUUUUUAUUGAUAUUUGUAGGCGUAUUGUGGUUGAACAGAAUACUAGCAAUUACUACGGAAUCAGAUUCAUCUGGUCAAAUCUAAAUGGGUCAUACCGAAUCCAUCUUUUUUUUAAAUUCUCUUUACUUCAAGUUAUUCUGCAAUAAUCAUGAUGUCAUGUUGCUCUCUUCAACUCGUUACAAUAUUCCACUGAUAGAACCAAUGACCAGCUUAGUUUUCUUCCAAAGUGAGGCAGAACCGAAUUUUUAUAGCCUGGUUUAACCUUCAGGGAUCUACUACAAAACAGGAUCAAUUUAAUUAGCCAGCUAACUUUGAUUAACAAGAUAUAACUAUUGAUUGUCUCGUUCAUAAAGAAAGCUUACAGUUCGAUAUGUGUUUUUGUUGAGUCAUCUAGACCGUUCAGUUAGCUGGCUAACUCAUUGAUCCUGCUUCGUAGUGUACAUCUCAGAGCAGGUUUAGCCGAGCUUAUGUGCUAUAUACUGUUAGAUAGAAACAAUGAACUUGUGUAUAAAACUCCUUGGUUCCACAUUGUGGAUAUACAAAAAAUAAACAUGUACAAAUAU